AAAUAAUACGGCUAAGUGUUAUGUUAUGGGGCGAGUUCUCCAGCACUAUCCGACCGUAAUCGUUUUCCCACUUUAUUUCGUACGCAUCCAUCAGCAACUGUACAUAACCCGACUCGCAUAAAAUUAAUGAGGAAGUUUAAUUGGUACCGAGUGGCGAUCUUGCAAGAAGCCGAGGAGGUGUUUAUAUCGACCGUUGAAGAUCUGGAAUCGCGUUGUAUGGAAGCUGGUAUAGAAAUAGUGACACGGCAGUCGUUCCUUUCCGAUCCAACGGAUGCAGUUCGUAAUUUGAGGAGGCAGGAUGCUAGAGUUGUUGUUGGUCUGUUCUACGUUGUGGCAGCGAGGAGGGUUCUUUGCGAGAUUUACAAGCAGCAGUUGUAUGGAAGAUCAAACGUGUGGUUCUUUAUCGGUUGGUACGAGGACGAUUGGUUUGUGAACAAUUUAGAAAAGGAAGGUAUCGAGUGUACGGCCGAUCAAAUGAGGGAGGCGGCGGAAGGACAUUUAACAACCGAAGCGUUAAUGUGGAAUCAGAAUUUAAAUGAACGCACGAUAUCGGGAAUGACCUCGGAGGAAUUUCGCGUUCGUUUGAAUGAUGCUCUGCGAGAAGAGGGAUAUGAUAUUGAUAAUAAACGAUACCCCGAGGGAUACCAGGAGGCCCCACUUGCAUACGAUGCCGUUUGGUCCGUCGCUUUAGCUUUUAACAAAACAAUGAAUCACCUCCAUAAAUAUGGUAAAAGUCUAAAGGAGUUCAAUUACAACAAUAAAGAAAUAGCCGACGACAUCUAUUCCGCAAUCAACUCUACACAGUUUUUGGGAAUAUCGGGUUUUGUGGCGUUUAGCUCUCAAGGGGAUCGUAUAGCUUUAACACAAAUAGAACAAGUCAUUAAUGGUAACUACGUAGUUUUAGGGUAUUAUGAUACGCAGGCUGACAAUCUCACUUGGUUUGAUAAAGAAGUAUGGACAGGUAUAAAAGUGCCUCAAGAUAGAACGAUCAUAAGAAAAGUUUUACGAACAGUUUCAUUGCCUUUGUUUAUAUGUAUGUGUGUGAUUUCUAGUGUGGGAAUUCUAAUUUCAAUUUCGCUUAUCAUUUUUAAUAUAUGGAACGGACAUAGGAGAGUAAUUCAGUCAUCACAUCCUGUAUGCAAUACGAUCAUGCUAUUUGGCGUUAUUGUAUGCCUAACCAGCGUUUUUCUUCUGGGACUGGAUGGAAACUUUGUACCACCGCAUGUCUACCCGAGUGUAUGCCAAGCGAGAGCUUGGUCGUUAACCAUCGGUUUCACACUUGCAUAUGGUGCAAUGUUCAGCAAGGUAUGGCGUGUACAUCGACUUACCACAAAAGCGAAAAGCGAUCCUAAAGUGCGAAUGAAAAAAGUGCAACCGUGGAAACUGUACUCGAUGGUUUCCGGACUUUUAGUUGUAGACUUUGUUAUACUAUUAGUAUGGCAGUUACAAGAUCCCUUGCAGAGGCGAAUAGAGCCAUUCCCUUUAGAAAACCCCGCCUCCUUGUCGGAUGACUCGAAGAUUCGUCCGGAAUUAGAGCACUGUGCCAGUCACCACAACACAGUAUGGCUGGGUAUAGUUUACGGAUACAAAGGACUUAUCCUCGUUUUUGGUUUAUUUCUGGCAUACGAAACUCGGUCGCUUAAAGUGAAACAAAUAAAUGAUUCCAGAUACGUUGGAAUGAGUAUAUAUAAUGUAGUUGUCUUAUGUUUAGUAACGGGGCCGAUCAUAUUAGUAAUUGGUAGUCAACAAGAUGCCAGUUUUGCCUUUGUGGCACUCGCCAUAAUUUUUUGUUGUUUCUUAAGUAUGGCUCUUAUUUUUGUACCAAAGGUUAUUGAAGUCAUAAGGCAUCCACGUGAUAAAGCCGAAAGUAAAUACAAUCCAGACGCCGGUGUCUCAAAGGAAGAAGAGGAGCGUUAUCAAAAAUUAAUUAACGAAAAUGAAGAUCUACAACGACUUAUAGCGCAGAAAGAAGAAAAAAUUAAAUUGCUAAAAGAUCGGUUACAAGAAAAAGAAUCGGAGAAAGGCGGUGUUUAUUUAGCGCCACCGAUUUUAACGCAAGGUAAGGAUACCAUCAUCGUACCUGACUUCAUAACGGAUGCAGGAACAUCUGAUUCGGCAUUUGGUGGUAUAUCUUUUUAUACACGUUCGUCAAGAGCCAGUCAGUCUGACAUUGAAUUUAGCGAGAGCUACUUGUAAAUUACCUUUUUUUUAUUAUACCAAUUACCUCCUCACAUUAUUACCUAUGGUCAAUUUCUCCUCGGCACACAUAUCUCAUUUAACAAUAAUAAAUUAAACUCAGUUUCAUUAAUCGCAUAUUUUUGAUACCUCAAAUUUGCAUGUAUAACCGUAGAUCCUAGUUCAUAUUUUUGAUACCCUUUUCAAUCUCGUGUAUGUAUAGUCAAUAUGCAUCUAAGAUCACCAUUGCUAGAUCUGUGUAUUAAAUAAUCACACUCGCUUCUCUAGUCUAGUUUUGGCUUCGCUAAUUUAUGUCACCUAACUGGCUUCUUUAAUGUUUAUGUACUCACAAUGUAAUGAAAUCUCGUUAUAACAUAAAUGUACCCCUUUCCAAGUUUUCUUAAAAGAAAGAUGAUCUUGAGCUCCCAAUUAACGCUCUAAUUUACGAUAUUAUAUCUUUAUGUUGUAACGAGAUGAGAGGAUUAGUGGUAAUUGGGAGUAAUCGAGAUUCUGUUUCUUUCGACAGAUACACAAGAUGAGCAUAUAUAGUCAACGCUGUUCAGUUUACACGCACAUUUUCGAAGCAAAGGACUAUUUUUGUUUGGUGGGUAUUUAUCUGCGGGGUGUUUGUAGUUUUUACGUUUUUAUCUAAGUGAAUAUGUGGAUUUUACACAAUUAGUGACACCCUGUCGAUGUAGAUGUAGUGAAACCCCCAUUGUUAUUAUAUAAUGCGACUUUACUUAUUUGCGAUAUCUUCCGAAGCACAUUAUUCUUCUUAUAUAAGACGCUUCGGUGAUGUCUAGUUAUUAUUUAUGUAAUAAAACGAAUUUUAUAGACUGUUUAAGACUUAAAGGUGACGCUUUCAGAAGGUAUUGCAAAAUUUGUUGGACCGACUUUCGGUUACUGAAAGUUUUACCGAGCAUUACACACCGUGCUUUACGAAUAUCAUCUUAAGAAUAGUUCAAAAUUGGUUACAAAUGACUGAAUCUGAAUAUAAAAUGGUGAUGUAUGCGUUUGCCAAAAUGGUGGCAAGUUUAAGUCAAUUCCAUACUAAUAUUUAGUCAGGGAUUAUAAUUUUGAUGUUGUUAUUUGUAGAUUUUGUUUAUUUAUAAUAUAGUUUAUAGAAAAAUUAUUUCUAGUUAAAAGAAAUUUACGAAAAUGUUAAUUGUUACAUAAAUGGUAUAGUCAUUUAGAGGUUAUAGAAAAAAUCAAUGGUUAGUGACAAAAAAAAAUGCUGUUGUGAUAGUCCUAACGUCGCAUCAAUGUAUAAUAUCAUAAAAUAGCUCGGAUAUUUUUUCAUUUAUUUACAUUUGGUUUGUGCUAUAUGUUAAAAUACAAAAUUGUGAGCUAAGUAACUUAGCGUAAUACCUUAUAGUGAGAGAAGUCGCUCAAUGUGUGUAGUCACAAAUUAAAAAUGUCACAAAAUUUCUUUUGACGUUAUUUUCGACCCAUAUAUUGGAAUUUUGCAUGUGCAUCACUCAUCAAUACUGUCAUCGUCAUUGUUGAAAACUGGCACAUUGCAAGAAUCCGUUUUCUAUUGCGGCUACUGCAUUUUUCUAAUUACCUAGUUUUUCAAUAGUAUACUAUUCUUUGUUUAGCACAAUAAAAACGAUUCUAAAUGUUGUGAUAGAGGAGUAGUUAAGUUAGAUUGGAAAACUGCAGUCGCUCUGUGUGGCUGUAUUUUAUAAGGACGAAUAACUUUCGAAAUGUACUGUAUAACUUCGUAGCAAUUCUAAAUUAAUGACUCUUCUGUUACUAACUAAAGCUUGACUUGUCAAUUUUAGUUGGUGACAGAAACAAUUAAAAUGGGUUAGUGAUUUCUACGGAGCGUUCCGUUACGGACGCUUAAAGUACUUAGAUUUUAAGUAUUUUUUGCUAAGAAUCUCUUACAAUUCUGUGUUAAAACGAGAUUUCACUCAAAUUUUUGGACAACCUUCAAAUGAAAUUCUGCCCCACAACCAUAAAUAAGUGUUACACCCAUUCCGUACGUGUAACUCGGUGUUGUGGUCCACAAUCGGAACCCAAAGCGCCCAAAUAUUUCUGUUUGAAUAGGGCCUAAAUAACAUCUAAACUCAAUGAAUGGAAACUAAUUUGUGAUUUUUUUCUUAAAAACUUAUUCAUGUUAUCCUAGCAAUAUUUGUUAUGUAUUUAUGUCUUAGCUGUUGAAUUUUUCUAAAAGGAAUGUUUCAUACUUAACGUAAAUUUUUUUAAAUGUUAACUUCACAGCGACGGUCGCCAUUUCACUCGAAUAGUUGUUAUAUAUACACAAAAUAUUACACAAAGAACUUUCUUAUCUCACUCAACUGACGACCAUCGCUGCGACGAGAUGAAAACGAGUAUGUCAUUAAACAAUUUUAGAUACCUAUUGUGCAAUGAGAAAAGUAAUGCAUCGUCAUACCACAUUACGGCUCAAAAUGUGGUACGAUUGGACGCAAUUAGCUAAUUCACUUUGUGUUAGAACAAAAAGAAAAAUGAUAUACAUACCUACCUUAUGUAAAGUAUGGUACCUAAAUAAGUAUUGAUAGUACCUAUAAAUCGCAGUUUUACUGUCAGAAUAUGUGUUCAAAACCCAAUCACCCCUAAUCUUAUGUAAAAAUAAAUUUAAAUGUAAAUAA